GUUCUGGAGGUUUUCGUGGGGAGAGGAGUGUAGCCUGGCUGGCGACACCGUUUAGCCCUCCGGGUAAACGAAGCAGAGACUGUUUGGAACCAAUGGGAAUGAAGCAUCCACUCCCCUCGCUCUGUAAUUUUGAGUUCAGUUGGGUUGGGUGCUGCAACAGUACAGUACAUUGCAGUGCAGUCUUGCCGAGGGACUUUGGAUAGACUCAGAGGAGUUCAACGCUUCACAAUAGGCCUAUUGCUUUGGUUUUAUUUUUGGGAGUUUAUGUUUUAUUUUCAAACUUGUAUUUCAACUUACUAGGACUUUCUUACAAGUCUCCACUAUUUCUGGAGGUUUUUAUUAGGGGGGUGAAGGAGGGCAGUGCAGGAUGAAUGGAACGACUUCUGAGAAGGCGGCAUCGAGCCUGUCGUCUGAUCUCCACGCCACACUGAGCUGUCACCCGGGCGCCAAGGAUUUGCCGACGCUGCCAAAGUCCUCUGCCAUGGACAUGGGGUUCUACAGCGGCCAGACGACGCACAGCCACCACGACUACUACCCCAGCCACGGCCAGUCCUACACGCAACCAAUGAAGCCAUACUCGUAUCAUCACCACUACAAUCUCCAUGGGAUGGCGCUAUCGGGGGCCUACAUUGCCAAGUCGGAAUACCCUUAUCCCCAUACGCAAUACGCUCAUUAUACCCGGGACAUACAGUCACAUCUCCAAGAUAUCGUGAAAGAGGAACCAGAGCCUGAGGUGAGAAUGGUCAACGGAAAGCCUAGAAAAAUCCGAAAACCUCGCACUAUAUAUUCUAGUUACCAGCUCGCUGCGUUGCAACAUCGCUUCCAGGGAGCUCAGUAUUUGUCUCUUCCUGAGAGAGCCGAACUAGCGGCUCAACUCGGCGUGACACAAACACAGGUCAAGAUCUGGUUCCAGAAUCGGCGUUCCAAAUUCAAGAAGUUGUACACGAACGGGGAAGUUCCACUGGACCACAGCCCAGGAGCCAGUGACUCUAUGACCUGCAAUUCACCCCCGUCCCCGGCCAUUUGGGACAGUAGUGUACCCACAGACCCCGCCACUAGAGAGCUGGCUCUCCAGCCCUCCCUCAGCUCCUCUCUAUGUUAUGUGGAGGACUACACUCAACACUGGUAUCAACAGACCUCACAGUCACGCUCACAGCACUCAGGACUGGUUCUUCAGCACACAACAACACCACCAAAGAAUAUGGGGGCGGUGUACUAACACAAAAUGUAUCGGUACAUACUGUGGUCCAUCAACAUGGAAAUAAAGCCUAGAAGGCUGAAGUUCACGGACAAGUUGGGAAACAUGCACAAGGACAUGUUGUCUCUGUUGUUCCUUUUAGAUUCUAAACAGAGGAACUGUAUACAAAAAGAAUGGACAAAUCCAAAUCCAUGUUCUGUUUAGAUAGAGUGAUGAGUUGCUAAUGUUAUCAGUGGCUCAUUUCACUCUGUUGGAGAGAUUUGAUAUGAGAAUGGAUGGAAUAGCAACCUAUUUGGUGGCACUUUCCUUUACAGUGGUCCACUGUGGGACCUUUAACUGAACAAUGAAAAAGGUCCUUUCAGAUUCUUUGAUCUAUAGCUAUAAAUAUAUACUGUCAGUGCAUUCAACACCCUUUGUUUCUUCACAAUAUGAAACACACAGAUACAUGGAAGUAGCGUGUACCAUUUUCAUACAUUUAUAUAUUACACUUGCCAUAUGUUGCAUUUAUAUACAUGUAAUUAAGGCUCAAUUCACAUAUUGAGCCAUACACAUUUUUAUUUCACAAUGCAUCAAAACAAAACAUCUCUUGGAAGUUGCUGAGAACUAUAGGAAAUAAAAAUCUGUAAUUGGUACUUUGUGUUUGCAAUAGAUUUUUGGUAAAAGCCAUAAACUCAGGUUGUUAUUUAUAAUGUAGCCUAUUUUAUACUCUAUUGAUCUGUUAGUAGAAAUUAGAGAACUUCAAACAUCUGAUUGUGGCACUUUGGUGCUUGAGAAACACAUUUUAUAGGUAGUCUUUUGAGUGUAUAAUAAAGUUUUUGUUUUUAUUAAUUAUAUUUGCACCAAUUGAAAUUAUGUAAUAUUUACACACACACACACACACACACAGAUGUAAAUGACCCCUUGAGAUAACAUUCAAAUCUUGUUUCCAUAAUCUUCUUCAUACAAAUGAUCCAUUGAAGCAGUUGUAAGACAAAAUGGAAUAGUAGACAUGAUAUAUUAACAGUCCAGACCAAUAAAUAUAUAGGAGCUUAG